UCAAAAAAAUUCAUUUGCGCGGCCGAAAGGAGGUUAUGUAAAAUUGUUAAUAACAAAGUGCGAAGGAUUACUUAAAAUUGUCCAUUAGCAAACGUUUUACAUAAAAAAUGGUAUCACCUACGCUUGCGCUUUUUGUAAGAUCUAAGGGUCCUGAUGAAUUCUGGCGGAAACGUAGGAUAUUCAAAAUGGCUGCGCAUUUUCGUGGACGCAAGCGUAACUGCUAUUCUGUAGCCGUACGCUAUGUGCACCGAGCUUUGGUGUAUGCCACCAAGGGCCGUAAGCUGAAGAAAAUGGACAUGGCGGAGUUGUGGAACAAACGAGUACAAGCCGGUUGUGAGCAAUAUGGAAUCACACUUGAAACAUUCAAGGAAACACUCUCGCGCAACAACAUUUUGUUAAACAAAAAAGCAUUAGCCGAUCUUGCAAUUUGGGAACCAAAGUCAUUCGAAUCUUUAGUUAAAUUAUCAAGAGAGCGUGCUGUGGUCGAUUCCUUACCCGGCCUGAAAGAACGUUCGGCAAUGAACCAAGUCUAUGGCCUGGCCAACUUAAAGUUAGAAUAGUAAUAGUUAUAGUAGGCUUAUUUUCAUGUACAAAGCUUUACAAUAAAAAUAAAAGAAAAAUAUUUCCAGAAACAAA